AUGGAAACCGGAGCCGGAUUAGUCUUCGCCUGGGUGAGACGGUUUUGUCUAGAUGGGAUUAAGCCGUCCCUACGUCCCUACGGACGGAGAGAGGAAUUUAGGGGUAGGGCAAGGCAACCAGCCUCAAGUGGGGCCAUGCAUUGCGUUCUCGUAAUGGCAACCCUCCAGUUUGUGACAACCCAGCGUGGUCAUCGUAAAGUCAUCCUUGAUGGCUACAUCUACCUUCUCGAUAAGAAACUUGGGCAGAAGACCUACAGGCGAUGCGAAGACAGAAUCUGCACCCCCAGACUGCACAGCAUGGGUGACGUCAUUGUGAGGCCGCCAUCCGAGCACAAUUCCCAUGCACCAUCAUCGACCCGAUUUUUUUAUUAUUUCGAGUCCAACUACAUUGGAAAUGUUGGAAGAGGUGGUCGUCGCCGCCAGCCUCUGUUUCCCCCUUCGUUGUGGUCGCAGUAUCAGCGUACCGUUGCUGGCCUCCCCAGAACCAACGAUUCCGUGGAGGGAUCGCACAACACCUUCAGAGGCUCGGUGAACAAAGUCCAUCUUUCGGUGCGAGCCCUGGCUCUGAAGCUUCAACGAGAAGAAGUUUCUGUAGCAGCUCUAUCGGAGUGCCUUGGGGCUGGGCAUCAGCUUCCAAUGCCCCAGAAGAAAUAUCGCCUGUUGAACGGGAGAGUUCAAAGCAAUUGGAUAUUGGGGAAUUCACAGGACAGCAAACAGAGUGAUCCAGUCAAAACGAGGAGGCGGACGUUUAAAUUCACGUCCUCAACUGGCCAAGCUCCCCCUAUUGGUAUCGAUCUGGGAACUACGUACUCCUGUGUUGGAGUAUUCCAGCAGGGAGAAGUGAAAAUAAUCCGCAAUGACAAAGGAGAAUUAACAACACCCUCCUACGUUGCAUUCACGGACACAUGUGCUCUGAUUGGAGAUGAUGCCAAGAAUCAAAUUCCCAGGAAUCCUACCAACACUAUCUUUGGUGAGUGA